AAGAGUUUAGCGCGUAAUCCUUGGCGUAGAGUGGGCGAAGGAGGUGAUGGUUUGUUUGACAACAAACCAAAGUAAUGUUGAAUGCAAUAGAAGUUAUGAGGUUAUAAUUAUUUUGUAAUACAUUUUUUAAUAGGAGCAAUUUAAUGCAAGAAUUUGCGAUUGUAAUAUGUAUAUUAAGCAGGUUAUUAUUCAAGGAUUCAAGAGUUAUAGAGAGCAAACCAUAGUAGAACCUUUCGAUCCUAGGCACAAUGUUGUGGUGGGUCGAAAUGGUUCAGGCAAGAGUAAUUUCUUCUAUGCAAUCCAGUUUGUAUUGAGUGAUGAAUUCUCACACUUACGACCUGAGCAGCGCCAGGCGUUGCUACAUGAAGGAACAGGGCCUCGGGUUCUUAAUGCCUAUGUUGAGAUUAUCUUUGACAAUACAGAUGGAAGGCUGCCCAUUGAUAAGGAGGAGGUGUUCCUCAGACGAGUUAUUGGUGCAAAGAAGGAUCAGUACUUCCUUAAUAAGAAGGUAGUUCCCCGUUCUGAUGUGAUGAACCUGCUUGAGUCUGCUGGAUUUUCACGUUCUAACCCAUAUUACAUCGUAAAGCAGGGCAAGAUCAAUCAGAUGGCUACAGCACCAGAUUCUCACCGGCUCAAGUUGCUGCGAGAAGUGGCUGGAACUCGUGUGUAUGAUGAGAGGAGGGAAGAGUCAAAAGCUAUUUUGAAAGAAACGGAGGGGAAGGUGGACAAGAUAGAAGAGUUCCUGAGAACGAUUGAAGAGCGUCUGCAAACUCUAGAAGAGGAGAAGGAGGAGCUGAAAGAGUAUCAGAAGUGGGACAAGAUGAGGCGGUCUCUGGAAUAUACCAUACACGACCGUGAGCUCAAGGAAACAAGGAAGAAACUCGAUGACAUGGAAGCAGCUCGAAAAAAUUCAGGGGAAGAACAGAAGAAAUACAGCAAUGAACUAAAAGUAGCUCAGGAGAAUAUCCGCUCAGCAGCACGACGCUUAAAAGACGCAAAGAAGAUGGUUCAGACACACAAAGAGGAGCGAGACACAUUGAGUGCUGAGCAGCAGCAGCUGCUUAAGGAAAAGACAAAGCUUGAGCUUAUCAUCAAGGACCUGUCUGAUGAGGUCCUAGGAGACAACACAUCAAAGUUGCGAGCAGAAAAUGAACUAGAGAAGCUGAAGAAGACAAUACAACAGAGGGAGUCAGAACUUGAAGAACUGAAACCAAAAUAUGAGGAGAUGAAGAAAAAAGAAGAAGAAUGUACCCGGGAAUUGGCACUGAAAGAACAGAAACGGAAGGAGUUGUAUGCCAAGCAGGGCCGAGGAAGUCAGUUUACGUCAAAAGAAGCUCGGGAUCAGUGGAUCAUGAAAGAACUCAAAUCUCUGAAUAAACAGAUAAAAGACAAGAAGGAACACAGGGACAAAUUGGCAGAGGAUAUGAAGAGAGAUGGUGAGAAACAGGUCCAACUGGAAAAGAAAAUUGAGGAUCAGACAAAUGAAAUGGAGAGACAACGCGCAUGCAUUGAUGAAUACAACAAGCAGUUCUAUGAGCUGAAAAAGAGUAAGGACCAAUGUCAAAGCACUCGCAAUGAACUGUGGAGGAAAGAAAACACAAUUCAGCAAACAUUAUCAUCUCUUAAAGAAGAUUUGGCUAAGGCUGAUCAGUCCUUGCGUUCCAUGGCUGGCAAGCAGCCAAUCCUGAACGGAAGGGACAGUGUCCGCAAAGUCCUGGAGACAUUCCGGGAGCGCGGCGGAGCUGCUGCAGAGAUUGCCAAUUCGUACUAUGGCCCUGUCAUUGAAAACUUUGAUUGUGAGAAGAGUAUCUAUACAGCUGUUGAAGUGACAGCGGGAAAUAGGUUAUUCCAUCACAUAGUGGAUUCAGACAAAGUUGGCACACAAAUCCUGAAAGAAAUGAAUAGACAGAAAUUGCCAGGAGAAGUCACCUUCAUGCCUCUUAACAGGCUUCAUGUCAAGGAGCAGAACUACCCACAGUCUAAUGAUGCUAUACCUAUGGUAACAAAGCUCAACUAUGCAUCCAAGUAUGACAAGGCUCUGAGAUACAUCUUUGGUAAGACACUCAUCUGCAGGAACUUGGAAGUGGCAACUAAUCUUGCAAAGACAAGUGGACUGGACUGUGUUACUCUUGAGGGUGAUCAGGUGUCUUCGAAAGGUUCACUCACAGGUGGUUACUUCAACACAUCACGCUCGCGACUUGAAAUACAGAAGACCCGCAGUGAACUAACAGCACAAAUCCGAGACGCUGAGGAAGAAUUGGCACAGCUCAGAGAAAAUCUAAGAGAAACAGAAGGGAAGAUCAACCAUAUUGUAUCAGAGAUGCAGAAAACAGAAACAAAAAACAGUAAAGCCAAGGACAUUUUUGACCAAGUAAAGGCAGACAUCCGGUUAAUGAAGGAAGAGCUGGCAGGCAUCGAGCGUUAUCGAGGUCCCAAAGAGAGAUCUCUUGACCAAUAUGCAUCCAGCCUGGAAGCCAUGCAAACCACCAAAGAGGGACUUGAGUCUGAGUUACAUCAGGAUUUGAUGUCCCAGUUAUCAGUGGCAGAUCAGCAUGAGGUGGACAGCUUGAAUGAUGAUAUUAGACGCCUUACACAGGAGAACAAAGAGGCAUUUAGUACAAGGAUGAGGCUAGAGGCAGAAAAGAACAAACUUGAGAACUUACUAACCAAUAACCUCAUGAGGCGUAAAGAUGAACUCAUGCAGGCUCUUCAAGAAAUUUCUGUUGAAGAUCGGAAACGACAGCUAGAAAAUAGCAAAUCGGAACUAAAUGCUAUUGAGAAACGAAUUGAAGAAGUGAAUCGUGAAUUUAAAAAUAUGGAAAAGGAAGUGCAGGAAGCCCUGAAAAUGCAAAAGGAGGAACAGGCUGAACAGGAUGAAUGGAAGUUAAGGGAGAAGGAAGCCAGGGAGAAAAUUGAGGAAGAUGCUAAAGAUUUGGAGAAGAUGGCAUCCAAGCAGAACUUAUUGCAGCAGAAGAUUGCUGAGUGCACAAAGAAGAUUCAGGAACUUGGUUCUUUACCUUCACCAGAGAUUUACUCUAAGUAUCAGAACAUGAGCACCAAGAAUUUGUUCAAGGAGAUGGAGAAAGCAAAUGGUCAUCUAAAGAAGUAUAGCCAUGUGAACAAGAAGGCUUUGGACCAGUUCAUGAGUUUUUCAGAUCAGAAAGAAAAGUUGGUUAAGAGGAAGGAAGAAUUGGACAGAGGAGAUGAGAAGAUCAAAGAGUUGAUGAUGGUGCUGGAGCAGAGGAAGUAUGAAGCUAUUGAAUUUACAUUCAAGCAAGUAUCAAAGUAUUUUAGUGAAGUGUUCCACAAACUGGUACCUUCAGGUCAUGCACAGCUUGUAAUGAGGAGAAAUGAUGAAGAGGCUGGCGGUUCACAGGAUGAAGCAAAUUCUGACAAAUUUACUGGUGUUGGAAUCCGAGUUUCAUUCUCCGGCCGCAAUGCUGAGAUGCGAGAAAUGAAUCAGCUGUCUGGUGGCCAGAAAUCCUUAGUUGCCCUUGGGUUGAUCUUUGCUAUCCAGAAAUGUGAUCCUGCACCAUUCUACCUCUUUGAUGAAAUUGAUCAGGCGUUGGACUCGCAGCACAGAAUGGCUGUUGCAGAAAUGAUCCAUGAGCUGUCCAAAGAGGCACAAUUCAUUACUACAACGUUCCGACCAGAGUUGUUGAUCUUUGCUAACAAAUUCUAUGGAGUAAAGUUUCGAAAUAAGGUCAGUCAUGUGGAAUGUGUUACAAGAGAAGAGGCCGCAGACUUUGUUGAAGAUGAUACAACGCAUGGUUAAAAUUACCAACAGUGUUUACCUCUUUCUUUGUUCUGUUCUUACUGUUGAGGGUUCUUAGUGGCAGACUGAACACACCCCUCUUACACGGUUAUAUCUGUUAGUGUAAAAUAGUUAAAAAAAAAUCACAGUUGUUUCCUACAUGGAAUCUAUGCUAGGAUGUUAACAUGGUUAAGAAUUUUAUUCCUCAGAUAUCUUGUGUAUAAAUUAAAAUGAUUUUGUACACACGGAAAAACAAGUUAUUUUGUAUACUUAUAUAUGUUAGCAUAAGAACAUUGUCAUAAUGAGAAUUCAUUCCAAAGUCUCUUAAAUUACUUUUUGUGAGUGUAUGGACAGGAUCAUUGAGAGAAAUUAUUGCUUUAGGAUAUGAGCAGAAGUCACAGCUUCUGUUAAUUUUCUUAUUGAAACACCAUUUUGCUAGGUUCAAAUUGAGAGCGAAUAUACGUUUCAGUUAACUUUUAUCGGCUGUGUGUCAUACUGUUAUAAUGGUGUACCUGACAUCAGCUGGCUGAGUGUUGCAGUACUGUGACAUUAAAAUACUCCAUAGUCAAAAACCAGCCUAUAGCAGGUGUGACAUUGGACUUAUUGCUUUC